GGGAAGAUUAGUGCGUGGAAGGAGGAAGGAUAAUAGGAGUAGUGGCAAGACCAGUUAUAUUUUUAUUAUCAGCGGUGGCAUAUUUCGCGAAGCUGUUCGGACGAAUGUUUUUGACGUCGUACGAGGAACGAGAAGAAACGCGAGAAAAUGUCGGGUAAAAGUGAAACCAGGUGAUCCGAAGUGAACGUUGAGCUAAGGGAAAGGAUUUUGGCGGAUUAUACUUGGGCUACCUUUUGGAAGGUCACGACCAUCAAUAACCGCUGCGUCGGUAGCUGGUUAAUUGAAAGUGGGGAAUCGGCAGGAAGCUCGAUCGUUUGGGUCAACACGUACUCAACAGCACCAAGGAAAAGGAGAACACGUACGAGCGGAUUACCUCGAGGGGAUCGCGCGUACGCUAAAAUCGUUCAAAAAGACCUACGAAUGGAGCACUGAUUGAAACAUGAGUAGUGCUGUGGCAACAGAAUCUACUACUGUGACCUCUGCGUCUGGCAGUAUGACAUCUACGCCUAUCCCAGAGGAAGUAGCUCCAAUAUUUUUGCAAACAAGAGCUGCUCAAGGUAUAGCAGGUGCUUUUGUUUGGCUGGCUCUAUUCCUGACUUGUCAACAGAUCUAUCAACACUUGAGGUGGUACACCAAUCCCACUGAACAGAGAUGGAUAGUGAGGAUUUUGUUCAUAGUCCCGAUCUAUGCAACUUACUCCUGGGUGUCUCUAUUAUUUUUCAAUAGCGAAAGCUAUUACGUUUACUUUUUUACUGUACGAGACUGCUAUGAAGCAUUUGUUAUAUACAACUUUUUGUCUCUGUGCUACGAGUACCUGGGUGGUGAAGGAAAUAUUAUGUCCGAAAUACGUGGGAAGCCCAUUCGUUCCAACUGUCUGUACGGUACAUGCUGUCUGGUCGGAAAGACGUACACCAUUGGUUUCCUUAGAUUUUGCAAGCAAGCCACCUUGCAAUUUUGCCUGGUGAAACCAGUAAUGGCAUUCGUCAUCAUAAUCCUUCAAGUAUUCGGACAUUACAGAGACGGAGAUUGGUCUCCAGAUGGAGGCUACAUUUACAUAACUAUAAUUUAUAAUAUCAGCGUAUCUCUUGCCCUUUAUGGACUUUUCCUCUUCUAUUUUGCUACAAGAGACCUGUUGACACCGUUCGAACCCGUCUUAAAGUUCUGUACUGUUAAAAGCGUUAUCUUUCUAUCAUUUUGGCAAGGUGUGUUAUUAGCUAUCCUUGAAAAAGCAAACGUAAUCUCUCCCAUAAGUUUGGGCCCAUCUGCUAGUGCAGGCACGGUUUCCGCUGGUUAUCAGAACUUUUUGAUUUGUAUCGAAAUGUUAUUUGCUGCUAUUGCCCUGCGUUAUGCAUUUCCUUAUCAAGUAUAUUCGGCUGGUUGUGUUACCGAUUCGAGAGGGAGAAGCGUGACAAUGCAAAGUAUUAGUAGCAGCUUAAAGGAAACGAUGAAUCCAAAAGACAUAAUGACUGAUGCCAUUCACAAUUUUCAUCCACAGUAUCAACAGUACACCCAGUAUAGUUCUGGAGCGCCCAAAGGACAACGCGGCAUGCGGAUAUCCAGCUUCGAUCCGGAUGAUCCACAGAACAUGCCGAUACCACCACCACAAAGGCGGCACACUUCUCACCAGCGUGUCGCCACGAUUUCGCAAAAUUAUAACGAGAAAACGAUGCUGUUGAGCAGUGACGACGAGUUCCAAUAGGUACGAAAUAAAAUGAAUCGUGUACAAAAAAGAAAAACGACAAACAGAAAUGAAGGAGGAGAUGAGAGAACAUUUAACGUUGGACUUCCGUGAAUGUAAUUUCAAGAAGAAACGCUAUGUACGUGUAUACCGUUAAAUUGAUUGUACGUCAUUUAGGUAGGAACUUAACUCGCUCAUAAAACAAAAAAAAAAUGAAAUUUGGGCGAUGCCAAAUUAAGAUUGCGCGUCGCAUUAUAAUAGUUCCAUGUUACAUCCAUGUUAAUACAUGUAUUACGUUACAUCAUGUAAACAUAGCAUAGAAGAUAUUUAUUUUAAUAUGCUGAACAUGAUUAAGGCAGUGUUACCUAUAGCGGUGGCUCUACUAUAAUAACGAUAAUAAUAAUGAUGAUACAGCUAUCUUUGUUUUAAAGGACAACUUAUGUUUUUUAAAGAAAGGCAUUGUACAGUACUUAAUGUUUAAAUACAGAUAUGUUGGUGCAUUAUUUACUGUAAUUAUACAAUAUUUUUACACUUUGAACAAACACUAUGUAUAUGUUUAUACACAGAUAUUUCUAAUUCAUAUGAGAUUAAGGUAAUUUUGCCAGCAAAAAAAUACUUAUUUUAUAAAAUACAACUAAAUAAGGAAGAUACUUUUUAUUAUUGCACGCGUCCGGAAAAAUAUAUACAUACAUUAUUAACUGAGCCACGAGAAUCUUUGCGUCCUAGAUUAAAAAAUUGAGUGUAUAUAUCGUUAAAAUAGAAUGUAUUUAAUAAUUCGAGAAUUAAAAGGUUUUCCUUCGA